CAAAAAUAAAAUCGAUUUCUUCUGAUUUCUUCUUUCAUCUUUUCGCGUAAAAUAAAUUGUUGCACAUCUUUGCGGAUUAUUAUCAAUUUAUUACCAUUACUUGUUAGAUAGCUUUUUGAAUCUCAAUACACCAUGAUAUUGUUUGUAAAACUGAAUACAUAAAAUUAAAUAUUAUUCUUCUUCUUUCCGUUCGUGUGUUUUUGUUGCGUUAAAAAAAUGAAUUUUGAGAAGAACAGGUUGGAUACAUUUGGGACUUGGCCCGCCUCAGCUCCUGUUGAGCCAAUACGAAUCGCAAAAGCGGGUUUCUAUUACACAGGCCAAGGUACAGAGGUGCAAUGUUUUAGUUGUGAUGGUAAAAUAUCGCAGUGGAACUAUGGUGAUCAAGUGAUGUGGCGUCACAGGCAAUUGGAGCCCAGUUGUGCGUUUGUGGUGAAUCCCGACCAAUCUGGGAACGUGCCUAUCGUGCUUAACUCCUCAAGUGAUUCCCCAACCGAAUGUCCUCCAGAUGAGUGGAACCCGGCGGAUUGGUCCUUCACAUUUGGACAACAUGAGGUUGAAGAAGAAUAUGGAAACUUUGAACACUAUGGAGUCAAUGAAGACGAUUUCUUAUACCGAAAUGAUGCGCUACGGCUGUUGUCUUUUAGCAAUUGGGUUGAUGGUUCAAUAUCCAGAGAGGCUUUAGCUGCUGCGGGGUUCUACCAUUCUGGGGAGGGUAGACUUCGGUGUGCGUGGUGCGGAGGGGAGUUGGCUCCGUUUAGAAGAUUCGGAUCACUGGGGGCCCCAUUAGAAGUACAUAGAAUGUAUUUCCCGAACUGCGCGCACGCCCAAAGGCUUAUGGAGUCAGCCAGGGAUGUGACUCGUCAGAUACAGGAGGCCCGCGCGGCGGCGCCGCCGAGGGUCCGAAGGGACGAGUCUCCGGGGUACUCUUUCAGUGACUCGAUGUCUGAGCCCGAGAGGGCGGGAGGGACGCCUCCUCUCCCCGAGCCACCAAGUCAAUCUCGGCAUCUCAAGGUAUUCGUGUAUUUCUGCGUUUCUCACAAACCAGUGGGCGCUGGAGACUGUUCUCAAUGCGAUGUUUUGGAAUCUCUGUAUUAUUUCCAGCNCGUCAACCUCACCUGCACGCGCCAGAUGGCGACACUACCCAAUAGGUUACUGUGGUGCUCCCUGCUAGAUAACAGACGAGGCACUGGCGACCGAGCCAUGGCGAAGCGAACUCGCUCUCCAGAUGAAAAAGAAUUAAAGAGGAACCAAGCAAAAAGACACAUAGCCAACCGAGAGAUAAAUAGCCAUGCCCACAAUGCCAACCUAAAUAUUGAGACAAGCAACAGUUUUGCCUUGCUUGAUGAAGAAGGGACAGACGUCCCAGUAAAACGCAUACCAAAACCACCACCGAUCAUUCUCUAUGGGGUGGACGACCUGAGCAAACUCACCGAAACAAUUGAAGAAGUUGUAGGGAAAGAAGACUUCACCUACAAGAUACUCUCAAAGAGCAAACUCAUCAUAACCACAAACACCAUAGAAAAAUACAAAGAAAUGAUAGAGCACAUCCGAUGCAAGGGUUUAAUAGGAUACACUUUCACGCGAAAAGACCAAAAAAGAAAACCUCCAACUGAACCCAGUUCAUAUAGACCGAUAAGUCUACUUCCAAUCUUAUCUAAGUUGUUCGAGAAGAUACUACUGUGGAGACUGAAGCCUAUAUUGGAUGAGAAUGGGAUCAUACCGGAUCACCAGUUUGGGUUUCGGGAGAAACAUGCUACUGUUGAGCAAGUGCACAGAGUGGUCCAAAAAAUCAGGCAAUCACUUGAGAAAAAAGAAUACUGCUCUGCUGUAUUCCUAGACAUACAACAGGCAUUCGACAAAGUCUGGCACAAGGGUCUACUAUACAAACUAAAAACCCUACUACCGAACUCAAUCUACAUGAUCCUAAAAUCCUACCUGGAACAAAGAAGGUUUCAAGUAAAAUAUGAAGAAGAAUUCUCCAAGCUGUGUGAAAUCAGAGCCUCAGUGCCGCAAGGAUCAGUGCUGGGACCUGUCCUAUACUCCAUAUAUACGGCAGACCUGCCUGAGACACCUGAUGUAGUGACGGCUACCUAUGCAGACGACACCGCGUGCCUCUCAAGCGAUACAGACCCGGAAAAGGUCCUAGGCAUAUCAGAGCGCGAAUUCAUGGACCAAAUGGGAGUAUACUUCGUCGGAUUCGUCUCCCAGUAUGGAUACGACAGAGUUCUCUCUGUGCUAGGCCGGCACAUGAGAGACUUCCUCAAUGGCCUGGAUAACCUCCACGAGUAUUUGAAGUUCAGCUACCCUCGAAUGAGGGCACCCAGCUUUAUAUGCGAGAAUGAGACAAGACAAGGAUUGACGCUGCAUUAUAGGUCGAAGAGGAGGGGCUUUGUGUACUAUGCAAUGGGGCAGAUUAGAGAGAUAAUAAGAGGACGUCAGAUACAGGAGGCCCGCGCGGCGGCGCCGCCGAGGGUCCGAAGGGACGAGUCUCCGGGGUACUCUUUCAGUGACUCGAUGUCUGAGCCCGAGAGGGCGGGAGGGACGCCUCCUCUCCCCGAGCCACCAAGUCAAUCAAAUGUCAUUGUUGACAACAGGUCAGGUGCAGAGCACAACACUCGCUUACUGGAUGGGAACACUUGGCGUAACCUCGGCGUGGUGAGUGGAUGCGCGAGGAAUCCGUCGCAGGCGUCGCUGGCCGCGCGACUGGCCACCUUCUCGCGGUGGCCGACUGACCGCCCUCAGGCCCCGCAAACGCUGGCCGAAGCUGGAUUCUAUUACUCGGGGAAUGAAGAUCAUGUUCGUUGCUUCUACUGCGACGGCGGCCUUGCCAAAUGGGAGACGACUGACAAGCCAUGGGACGAGCAUGCGCAUUGGUUCCCGCAUUGUGGCUACGUGCUUCUCAUCAAAGGGAGGGACUUCGUCGAAACUUGCCGCAAAAAACCAUCGCAAGGCCAGGUGGAGCGGACUCUAUCAUCUGACAACGCGCGAAGGCGGAGGGGUAAUAAUAAUAACAACAACAAUCCAGCGGCCGCCAACCCUCCUCCACAGUCUGUACUAGAUACACAGGUUCGUUGCUUCUACUGCGACGGCGGCCUUGCCAAGUGGGAGACGACUGACAAGCCGUGGGACGAGCAUGCGCAUUGGUUCCCGCAUUGUGGCUACGUGCUGCUUAUCAAGGGACGGGAUUUCGUCGAAACUUGCCGCAAAAAGCCAUCACAAGGCCAGGUGGAGCGGACUCUAUCAUCUGACAACGCGCGAAGGCGGAGGGGUAAUAAUAAUAACAACAACAAUCCAGCGGCCGCCAACCCUCCUCCACAGUCAGUACUAGAUACACAGGUGGAAACGGUUAUGGAUAGUAACAUCGUGACGGCCGCGCUGGGAGCUGGCCUCGACGCGGCGAGGGUCCGCAGGGCUAUAACACGAAGGCUGCGCGCUACUGGCAUCCCAUACGGUUCAGCAGAGGCGCUUAUAGACGCGGUGUUGAACGAACAACUCAACGAGGAGGCUUGGAGCGUGAACCCCCAAAGCCAGCAGUUGGCCCGCGACAUACUAGCGGAGACAUUAAUGGAAAUAUCGCCUAGGGUUGGUAACCAGAUGCCUACGUCAUGGGAGGACAACCAGCCCGAGCGUCGUCUGACCAUAACGCUUCCCCGAGAGCCGAGAGAGUUAAUUUUCAACACAGCAGAUCCAAGAGCUUUUUCUCCGGCCAUUUUCUUCACUAACCGUGCCUCUACCACCCCUAGUCCUCCCCCUCCCGUCUUCGGGGCCCCCCACGCCCCUUGCUUCGUAGAAGCCCCUAGCACAACAGAUGCCCCUAGCGCAACAGAUGCCCCUAGCGCAACAGAUGCCCCUAGCGUAACAGAUGCCCCUAGCGUAACAGAUGCCCCUAGCGCAACAGAUGCCCCCCCUGCUCUUCCUGCCCCUCCUGUCCCUCCCGCGAAAGGGGAUGAAGCGAAGAAGGAAGAAGUGGAUGGUAAAGAGAAAAAGGAAGAAAAGACUCUGACGCUCGAGGAAGAAAAUCGGCAGCUAAAAGAGGCCAGGGUGUGUAAGGUGUGCAUGGAUAAUGAGGUGAGCGUGGUGUUCCUGCCGUGCGGGCACCUGGUGUCGUGCGCGGGCUGCGGCGCGGCGCUGUCGGCGUGCCCUCUGUGCCGCUGCUCCGUGCGCGCGCUCGUGCGGGCCUACCUCGCCUAGGGCACAGGUUCAAUAAUGGCGGUAAACGGCCACGUGCAUCAGCUACCAGUUUUCCGUUGCGUUACUUUAUCUCUGACUACUAGGUGUAUUAGGUAUGUAUUACAAUAAAUAUUAUAUUAUGUAUGGAUAUUCAUUACAUUUAGGCCUACAUGUGAUGUAUGCUCGUAUCGUAGUGCAUAUCGGUGAUAACCGAAAACGGUAAAAUUAAUUUUAACUUGCUAUUUAUAAUUAUAUUUUAUUUAUAAGCGUAUGUAUGACCACUGAGUCGUUUUUGUAAUAUAACUAGCUUUUGCCGGUAAAUUGCAGUUGUAAUCCGAACAAACAUUAUAAUCCGGUAAUGAAUUUGUGACCGAUAAUAUAAGGUUAUUCUGAAACAAUCAUUCUUUAUGGCAUUAGUGUGCCAUAAAGAAUGACUGUCGUCGAUAUGUCGAUUCUUUGUUUUUUCUACUGUAUGGAUUAAAUUGAUUUAAAAAGGCUAUCUUUGAAUCGAUUAUUUAUAAUCGUUGUCGGUUAAUUCCGUCGUCGCUACAGACUUAAAUAUAUGAUUUACUUGCCAUUUCAUAAUUUAAGAACCUUGACUGCUGUCACUCUUAUCUCACUACUUAAAAUAUGAGCAACAAAAAAGUAAAAUUUAUAAUAAUGAACUAUGUAUACCUUAUCAUCAUUAUCGAAUAAUUUAGGUUUAAUUAAUUUAGAAAUUAACAAAUAGAUAUUAUGUAUUUAUUUAUUAAAAUUUAAAAAAAAUCGAAUUUCUCUAAAUAUUGUCGUUUACAAACAACACACCCAAAUUGUCGUAAUGUUUAUUUCCGUUAUUCCGAAAUAUAUUUGGAAAUAUCAUUGUUUAUAAAUUAAUUACGUAGUGAUAAUUAACGAGAGGGCGGUAAAAUGGACCCCAGUGUAUAAUCCUAUAAAAGUACUUUUAGUGAAACGGUUUUAGAGCUCACUUUACUAUUAAUAGUAGAUUGUAUAAACCCAUGGUGUAGAUGUGUGCGAUUCAAUACAAUAGUUGUCUGUGAAACUGCUUGAUUCAAUGUGAACCUGUGUGAGAUUAUGUCUCCAAUUAAGUAAGUAAGCAUUACCUUUAGCGUGAGAAGUAUGGUUGAAAGGCAAGAUUAAAAACCCAAUAUCUUCAACUUUAAAGAUCAGUUCACCUUUCCCUUACUUUUUGCUCCAAAUAUGUGAUUUCAAGAUCUUAGCUCGUGUCGUAGAUUUAAAACCAUUAAUAUAAUAGGUACUUAUAACAUUAACAUACCCUGCGCAGCUUGUAGUUUCUGUUUAAAAUAGUGAAAUAUGACAAACAAAAGAUUUCUGUACUUUCCAACCACAAACAAGUACAUAUAAAUAGCGUAACAUUUAAUAAUACAUGAGGCCCAGAACACACGGUGAAACGCAA